UCUUUCCUCUAACGGCUUCAUUGGCCAAGUUCCUUCAUCAUUUAGUAACCUAAGCAUGUUAACCUUGUUGUACCUUGACAAGAACGAGCUGACCGGUAGUUUUCCACUUGUAUGGAAUCUAGCCAACCUCUCAAUUUUGGACCUUUCCAGUAAUAACUUCUCUGGAGCCAUACCUUCUUCUCUUCUCACUAUGCCUUCCUUGUCAUAUCUGAAUCUCCGUGGAAACCGUUUCACAGAUCCAAUUAUAUUUCCCAACUCCUCUGCUUCAUCUCAGCUUGAAACCUUGUUCCUUGGGAAUAACCGUUUUGAAGGAAAAAUCCUAAAGCCUAUCUCAAAGUUCACCACCCUCCAAUAUCUCGACCUUUCAUUCCUAAACAUAAGCUACCAAAUUGACUUAAGGCUCUUCUUCACUCUCAAAUCUUUGCUGAGACUUGAUCUUUCAGGUAAUAGCUUAUUAGCUACAAGUAUAAGUUCAUAUUCCAACAUCAAAAUGAACUUGGAUACUUUGCUCUUGUCACGCUGCGGCCUCAGUAAGUUCCCAAACAUCUUAGGAACCUUUCAGAAAUUGGAGCAUAUAGACAUUUCAAGAAAUAUAAUCAAAGGCAAAAUCCCUCAGUGGUUAUGGAACCUUCCUCGUCUGAGCUUAGUGAAUCUUGGUAACAAUUCUUUCGAUGGGUUUGAAGGAUCGACGAAAGUUUUAGUAAAUUCAUCAGUGCAGGUAUUAGUGUUGGCUUUCAACCGUUUUGAAGGAGCAAUACCAAUUCUACCACUCUCAAUCAAUGCGUUAUCUGCACGGAACAAUAGUUUCACAGGGGACAUACCACUUUCAAUCUGCAACCAACCCUCUCUCACUGUUCUUGAUCUCUCCUACAACAACUUCACCGGUCCAGUGCCUCAAUGUCUGAGUAAAUUCACGGACGUGAAUCUUCGGAAGAACAACUUGGAAGGAAGUCUUCCGGACAUGUUCUACGCUGGUGCCUCUCUGCGCGCACUUGAUAUUGGCUACAAUCGACUAACCGGGAAGCUUCCAAUGUCUCUACUAAAUUGUUCAUCUCUACAGUUUUUAAGUGUAGACCACAACCGAAUCAUAGACAAAUUUCCUUUCUGGCUCAAGGCUUUACCCAAUUUGCAAGUCCUUACCCUACGUUCAAACAAGUUCUAUGGCCCUAUAUCUUCUCCUGAUCAUGGUCCUCUCGCGUUUCCUGAGCUGCGGGUACUUGAAGUAGCAGAUAACAACUUUACUGGAAGCUUGUCACCAAGUUACUUUGUUAACUGGAAAGCAACUUCACUUGAGAGGAAUAAAGAUGGGAGUUUAUAUAUGGGAUACAAAAAGGAAACUUCCAAAGAUGGUUACUAUAGUUACGAAGAUACUAUAGAUUUGCAAUACAAAGGUCUAUUCAUGGAACAGGGCAAAGUCCUUACUUUCUACAGCACCAUUGAUUUUUCUGGAAACAGACUUGAAGGAUUGAUUCCUGAAUCCAUUGGUCUCUUAAAGACAUUGAUCGCGCUCAACUUAUCAAACAACGCAUUCACAGGCCAUAUUCCUCUUUCUUUGGUCAAUGUUACAGAGCUCGAGUCACUAGACCUGUCAAGAAACCAACUCUCAGGGACCAUUCCCAAUGGACUCAAGACCCUCUCGUUUAUGGCGUACAUAAAUGUGUCUCAUAACCAACUCACUGGUGAAAUACCACAAGGGACACAAAUCACUGGACAGCCAAAAUCCUCCUUUGAAGGGAAUGCAGGGCUUUGUGGUCUUCCUUUGGAGGAAACUUGCAUUGGCAUUAAUGCACCACCAGCACAACAACCUAAAGAACAAGACAAAGAAGAAGAGGAAGAAGUGUUGAGCUGGAAAGCAGUAGUUAUAGGAUAUGGGCCUGGAUUGUUGUUUGGAUUAGCAAUAGCACAAAUCAUUGCUUCAUACAAGCCGAUGUGGCUUGUCAAGCUAAUUGGUCGAGAUAAGAUCAGAAACCGUUAGAAUAUUUUCGGUUUGGUCGUUUUGAUCUUUGAAUGUUUUCCAAGUAGUUGAUAGGUUGUGUAGUGAAUCGGUUCCGUGUGUUUUUUUUCUUCCUUUUGUAUCUUUUAUCUUAUGUUAUGUUCUCUAUAAUGUA